GCCUUGAAAUACAUAAGCCUCAAACAAUAGGCACAAACAUUUUGAAAUAAACAUAUGUACAUCCAACCUUUUGCUUCAAUAAAACUUUAGUGUAUAACAAAAAUGUAUUUUUGUGCAAACUUAACCGUGAAUGUGGAAAUAAAUGGCCAAUACAAGUGACAAGUUGAAUUAAUAAUCUGUCCUUCCUCAGUUGAUUUUGAGUUUUUGUUGCGGAUAGUAGUUGCAUUAAAUAUUUAUGUACGUGUGUACAUAUAUUUCUGUGUUUAACUUAAUUUUUGUUUAUAUUAAAUAAAAGACAAAAGUUAUUUUUUAAGUUAGUUACUCCAUAGUUUGACAGUACCAGAUUUUAGAAGAUACGCAAAAGUUUCAUUAUAUAAGAAGCUAAAAUGAACAGCCACUCAGAGCUUCAUAAUUCAUCUGAUCAGGAUUAUUCCGAGUUUCUCAGCGAAUAUUUAUUGCAAACCAAUUCACAAAGCAAUGAGCCCGAAGUUAUUUACGAAGAUGGGGAAAUGGAAGCAGAAUGGUUGAUUUCCGCUGGAUAUCCUGAAUUGACAAAGCCAUUUGAACAAGGGUUAGAACUUCCUAAAACUGAUCUGGAGCCUUUACUGAUUAAAUUAUCAAAGCCACAUGCGGAAGCUAUUAAACAACGUGUACGAGCUUUAAAUCAAACAGUACGAGGACGCACAAAGAGUCGGUCAAAGCCUAAACCUGAUAUACGAGAUUUAUUCCCCGAUUUUGAUGAAUCAAGUACAGGCACACGUUCACGCAGUGCAACUCCAGAUUCUUUAGAUUCCAUACAAGUCGAUGAAGCUUGGAUAACCAGUUCUACACCAAACUUUGUGAGUGUUUUUGAAAACAAAGGUGAAACUGCCCGUAGAAGUGAAAAUCAAUCAAAAGGAAAAUAUUUUAAACAGAACUUGCGAAGAACACCCAGCGCGCCGCUUAAAAGUUCAACUUCUACAGAUAUAUUUCGAGGCUCACAUGUGCGAUGUGAUAUACCAUUGUAUUCGGCUCAUGGUGUGCAGUUGCUUGGGUAUUCACGAAUAGGCACCAUUCACUUGCCUCGAAAUAGAUCUGACUCAGAUCCAUUUUGUUCAGCUGGGCAUGCACGUAAAAUACAAUUGGCGGAUUCGCAAAAUGAAAAUAAUACAUCAUCAGGAGAUUCUUGUGAUGAGUGCAUAGAUAUUUCCCUAACCAAAAAAAAUAAUCUAGAGCUGCCAAACUCAAAAAAUGAGCGCACAAGUGUUAAUCCUAUGCCUUUUAAUGGUCUAAGCUUUGAAAGUAUUUGUCGACAUACCUUUAGCACAGACUACGUGGAUACACUAGAUAACUGUGAUACUUCUUCAAAAUUAUGGUCCGACAUAGUUUUAAUGAGCGAAAUUGACCGUAAACGUUUACAGACAACACUAUGGUUAGAAUUAGCCACAAUAUUCGAUCGUAACCAAGUUUCUUUGGACAAAAGAAAGCCUUUUAAGCGUCGUCGCAAAGAGGAGGGUAGUCUCUUUGGUGUAUCUUUAAACGCACUCAUACGUCGGGAUCAGCAAGCUACUGGAACUGACUCUACGUUAGUUCCACUAUUUUUGGAAAAUCUGCUUGCCGAACUUCUGCAACGUGGCUCUAGAGAAGAAGGAAUACUACGAAUAGGGGGACAUAAGCAAAAGACUGAAAUACUUUAUAACGAAUUAGAAUCAACUUUUUAUCAACGACCAGAAAAGUUAGCUCAUCUUUUUGGAUCAGCUACAGUUCACGAACUCAGUACCCUUCUAAAGCGAUGGUUGCGUGAACUUCCCCAACCUUUGCUAACUAAUGAGCUUAUUAAACUAUUUUAUCAAUGUCACACACUUCCACCAGUGGAUCAAAGAAGUGCAUUAUCGAUUCUAUGUCAACUCCUUCCACCCGAGAACAGGAACACAUUGCGUUCCCUGCUGAAAUUUUUAAAUUAUAUCAUUGAUCUUAAAGAUGUCAACAAAAUGAAUCUGCAUAACGUAUCUACAAUAAUUGCUCCAUCCUUUUUUCCACCACGGUAUAUACACCCGAGUGACAAAAACAGCAUUGCAGAGCAAGUAAAGAUGGCCGCACAGUGUUGCCGUUUGACUUACGUUUUAAUAUUGCGUGGCGAAAGACUUUUCCAAGUACCAAAUAAUUUAAUUGUGGAAUCAAAGAGUAAGAAAACGAGAACUCUGAUGGCAACGAUUUUGACUCUACAGUUAUUAACGAACAUGAACCAAUUCAAAUUAUGUGCAUCGCUUUGUUAUUUGAAAAACAUAUAUUUUAUAUUUUACUGUUGUAAACUUAUUAUGUAUUUAAUUUUGGUUAAACUUGACUCUCGCCAACGGUGGCGAUCAUCAUCUUAUAAUUGAUGAGGACUGUUGGCCACUUCUUUAAAAACAGAGACGGAAUAUGAUCAGUAUAAAAAAAUUGAUUUGGAAAUAAUCGGCAUAGUUCUCAAGGGAUAGUGUAGCAAUAGGCAAAAUGACUUGACUCUGAGUGACAUUUAUUGGGCCAUAGGGGUGUAUUUAUAGAAGAACUUAACAUAGGAGCUUAUGGUAAGGGUUAUAUGUGUUUGAAGAGCACUUAAACGAAUUUAAAUAGUAUCCGAGUUUUACGUUUAAUUACAUUACAGUUAUUUUGUGAUUACACAUUUAUUACUCCUCCAGAUAACUAGGGGGUUCUUAUCCUAACUUACUAUAACAUAUGAUUUUAGUGCCGUUGACGUCUUGGCUAGCCGUAUGAUAAUGUUUUAUUUGAACAGUGGGUUUUAAAAUAUGCUACACCCUCCUUUCUUAAAAAAAUGUUAUUUGUUUAUUUGAAUAGGUUUUUACUAUUUGAUUUGUACAUGUACGUUUUGUUUUUUUUUAUACCCUUGCAGAGGGUAUUAUAAUUUCAGUCAGAAGUUUGCAACGCAAUGACGGAGACAUUUUCGAACCUUUAAAAAGUAUAUAAUAAAAUGCUCGAAUAAUUCGUAAGUUU